GCUGAUUAAGCUUGUCGCGUAUGAGAUGGAUUCCAACGUGACUUACGUAAGACUGUUAGUUGGCACUAGAGAGCCCGAACAGCGCGUUUUCCCACAAGCUUGCUGGACCACAAUUCAAAGUAAUGAUCCUACUACCGAUACCAGGGAGUUAAUUUACAAACUAGUCAUCAUCACUAGCCAUCGAUGGAGCUCGACGACGUCCCUGGUUGGCUAGAAGCAAUAAAAACGGAUGCUGGAAGAAGGACUUUCUUGGAGAGUAACAUUGGAGGCGGUGUGUCUCUGUUCAAAAGGACGGUUGACGGCGCUAGAUUUGACGAAUCACUGGUGCUUCUUAUACGGCUGCUGCGGAACUCUGUGCCCUUGGGCGAUGUGGCGGCCAUUAUCCAGGGCGACGCCGUGGCAGCUGUGUCGCAAGCCAUUGCUCUGGUAGCGGCUAAAAACGAUAGCGAACUUGGCCUGCAAAUCACUAUUGCUUGCUCGCAACUCCUUGCCAACCUCGCAAACUCUGGGCAAGCGGGUGCCAAUGCCGUGUGGGAACACUGCUACCCGGUCACCUUCUCUCGUCUUGUGGGGCACCCCAGAGCCCAAGUCCACGAACCCGCGACCCUAGCCCUGUACGCCUGCUGCCGUCAGGACGUCCACUGCAGUCAGGCGCUGUGCGGCGUUACUGCCACUGGCGGCUCUGCUGCUGCGGCGGCUAGUGCUUUAUCUGCUGCCACCGGCGCCGCUGCUGCCGGCGUGGAUGCCGCUGUUGCUGCCAGAGGCAUCUGGAGGGCGCUUCUGGGGCGCCUCCAAGCGGAGGAUGAUAACGCCGCCGCACCGCACCCAGUGGGCCCGAGCGCGAGCAGCAGCAGCGGCCACAGCAGCUUCAGCAGCCGCGGCGGCAGUGCGGGCAGCAGAGGACACGAGUGGACGGCGCUGCUGUGCGGCUGUGUGGCGCUGAGGCAGGGGCUGCUGCGGCCCUUGCUAGUCCUACUUGCACCCGCGCCGGGGGAGCGUGCUGGGGAGGCGGGCAUGGGGCUUGAGCCCGCUACCGCUACUGCCACCACCGCAGCCACAGCCACAGCAGAUGCAUGCGUCAGUCGCGGUGAUCAGGCGCGGCGGCGGCGGCAGCAGGAGGGCUGUGGCGGCCUCUGGCCGGUGCUGCUGUACGUGUUAGCGCAGGAGCUGUACGAGCUGAGAGGCAGUGUGGAGGUGGAUGUGGGCACGGAGGAGCAGGGGCAACAGCAGGAGGAGGAGGUGCAGCAGAAGGAGGAGCAGCAGGGGAGGACCGCGGCGGAGGAGUGUGAGGAGGUCGAAGCAGCGGGGACGGGGGCGCAGGAGCGGCAGCGGGGCGAGCGAGGGGUGUGCGGCAGGUUGCUGGUGGCCGAUCAAGCCGCCUGCACGGGGUCAGGAGCAGGUACGGGUGCAGCAGAAGGAGCAGCGGAGAACGAAACCACCGCAAGCACAACUGCCGCCGCCGCAGUUAGGCUGUUGCCGGCCGUGGGUCGUCCGCUGGGAAGGGCGCUUUUAUGCGUUGCGGGUGUGGUGGAAGCUGCGGCUCGCCGGUGUGCGCUGUCGUCUUCAGCGUCAUCCCCAUCAACAUCAUUUUCAGCCUUGCCAGCAUCGCCGGCAGCAGCAGCGGGGGCAGCGGCAGCGGCACGAGCAGGGUCCUUUCAGGGCGGGGAAUGCGGCAUGGAGGGAGUGCGGCGCAUGGCUGGAGAGUGUGGGACAUCCGCAGGGACAUCCAUCAGCGCUGGGAGUGCGUCUGCAACUGGGGCAAGGGGGGGUGGAGACGCGGU